UCGGCCAAGGUCAAGAACAAGAUCGCUUCCAAGUAUGAUCAUCAGGCCGAAGAAGAUCUUCGAAAUUGGAUAGAAGAGGUGACAGGCAUGAGCAUUGGCACCAACUUUCAGCUGGGCUUAAAAGAUGGCAUAAUCCUUUGCGAACUCAUAAACAAGCUACAGCCAGGCUCAGUGAAGAAGGUUAACGAGUCCUUGUUAAACUGGCCUCAGUUGGAGAAUAUUGGCAACUUUAUUAAGGCUAUUCAAGCUUAUGGCAUGAAGCCACACGACAUCUUUGAAGCAAAUGAUCUUUUUGAGAAUGGAAACAUGACCCAGGUUCAGACUACGCUGGUGGCUCUGGGAGGUCUGGCUAAAACAAAAGGAUUCCAUACAACCAUUGACAUUGGAGUUAAGUAUGCAGAAAAACAAACAAGACGUUUUGAUGAAGGAAAAUUAAAAGCUGGCCAAAGUGUAAUUGGUUUGCAGAUGGGCACCAACAAGUGCGCCAGCCAGGCAGGCAUGACGGCCUACGGGACCAGGAGGCAUCUUUAUGAUCCCAAAAUGCAAACCGACAAACCUUUUGACCAGAGCACAAUUAGUCUGCAGAUGGGCACCAACAAUGGAGCCAGCCAGGCGGGGAUGUUAGCACCAGGUACCAGAAGAGACAUCUACGAUCAGAAGCUAACAUUACAACCAGUGGACAACUCGACGAUUUCUCUACAGAUGGGAACCAACAAAGUUGCUUCCCAGAAAGGAAUGAGUGUGUAUGGGCUUGGGCGGCAAGUGUAUUAUCCGAAAUACUGUGCUGCUCCCACAGAACCUGUCAUUCACAAUGGAAGCCAAGGAACAGGAACAAAUGGGUCUGAAAUUAGUGAUAGUGAUUAUCAGGCAGAAUACCCAGAUGAAUAUCAUGGAGAGUACCAGGAUGACUACCCCAGAGAUUACCAGUAUGGCGACCAAGGCAUUGAUUAUUAGAUUUACACAGAGGAGCUCAGUAUUUAGCCCAUUGUUUUUAUUCAGUGAGAACCAAGCUAGCCUUGAGUAAUUUUUAUCUUGUCUUCCUAAAACACUAUUAUGCUUAUUGUACCUAAAAGAAAUAUUGCCUUACAUACAUUCCCUUUUCCUUUUUCUGCCUCUUCCCUAAAUAGUUGCCUUUUAGUGCUUUAACAGUUAAAUCCUACAGCAGAAGCAAUAACUCGCAUAUGAAGUAAAAAAGGAAUACUGUGAAAGGGGAGUACUCUUGUACAGCCAUUUCUCUUAUUAAAGACCUAUGCAUUUUUACAAUCUACUUAAUAGACUGGGAUUUUCAAACAAUAGGAAGCUUUUUUUUUUUUUUUACAGUUUAGUUAUCUGGUUUCUACUUGGAAGACUAAAGUCAUGCUUAGAGCUAAAUGUGGUCUUUGCCAACUAAAUUUAAGAUGCAGCAUUUUAGAAAUUUACAUAUCAAUGUCUCUACAGUAUUGUUUGCUAACUCUUAAAUAAAGUCCUGAUCCGUGUGCA